GGGCCCGCGGAGCCCAGCGGCGGCAGCGGCUGCGGAGCGCGCCCGGGCCGGGCCCCGCAGCCAUGAAGAUCUGGACCUCGGAGCACGUGUUCGAUCACCCGUGGGAAACUGUGAUGACAGCUGCCAUGAGGAAAUACCCCAACCCCAUGAACCCCAGCGUGGUGGGAGUCGAUGUCCUGGACAGACACGUGGAUCCCAGCGGGAAGCUGCACAGCCACAGGCUCCUGAGUACAGAGUGGGGAAUCCCAUCCAUUGUGAAAUCGCUCAUCGGCAACUGCAGGACAAGGACAUAUGUGCAGGAGCACUCUGUUGUUGACCCUGUGAAAAAAACAAUGGAGCUUAAGUCCUGUAAUAUUUCAUUUACAAACCUCGUGUCGGUAGAUGAAAGGCUUGUCUAUAAACCGCACCCUCAUGAACCACACAAAACCAUUUUGACACAAGAAGCAAUAAUAUCUGUAAAAGGUGUCAGUCUCAGCAGUUACCUAGAAGGGCUAAUGGCAAACACGAUUUCUUCUAAUGCUAAAAAAGGCCGUGAAGCAUUGGAAUGGGUAAUUAAAAGACUGAAUGCUGAAAUUGAAGAAUUUGCAGCUUCAGCAAGAGGAACCAUGAGGAAUUCAAUGGCAGCAGCAGCAUUUGUAGAGAAAUGAUGAUAAUUCUUAGACCUGCAUCACUAAUGAGGCUUAACGACCUGCAGCUUCUCUCCUGGCCUAAAUACAUGUAUCCUUUGUUAUUUAAAGGAUGUGUGUAUUAGGCAUGUUAUAAAUUUCAUCUGGAGAAAAGCUGAAUUUUUACCAAGGCUGAGGCUCAAAGGCUAUUUAAUAUAUUGGGUCAGCUGGACCGAAUUGUGGUUACAGAUGAAGAAAUAAAUGUCAAGUGUAGUUCCUGUAUUUACAUGAACAAUAACUUAUAAUGUUUGCAGAUAUGAAAUAGCCUCAUUUAGUGGUGAGGCUGCAUAUGGUGGAGGACACUGGCAUGUUAGGCUAACUUUUAUUUUUUUCUGUGACUUAUGGACUACCUCUUUUGGGACCAAGCCCAAAAUUAAGCAGAAUGGUUGUUCCAGCAUUGUUCUUUUUGUUGAUUUUUGACAGUUGUGUGACACAACUUGGUUUAACAGAAAGCUUAUUACUUGAUGCUUGAAAUAUAAAAGAAUGUACAAAAUAUUUUUUGAUAAGCUUUUUAACUUGACUGGUUGAACUAACACGGUACUCAGAUGGUUUUUCAGUUUAGUCACUGUAGGUAAAACAUCAAAACAUCUCACCUACCUACCAAGACCUAAAUCCUGCUCCUAAAUGCAACAUUAAUGAGCUGGGCAUGCAGUACCUUAAAAUCAAAUUUUAUCUUUAACUCCUGCAAUAAGUAUCUCCAUUUCUAAAAGCCCAUUACAUACAGGUACACUAAGCAUGGAGCCUUAAAAAUCUUGUAAGCUGCUACAGUAGUAGGUGUUCAGUUCAAAGAACCAAUCAAAGACUAAAAAAACCUUUGUGAAGGUGGCUGAGGAGAUACCUAAACAUAAGAGGAAGUAGCAUUUAACAAUAUACUCAUUAACUUGAUCACAGUCCAGAAAUAACACGCUCCAUCCACUGGAUAUUGUGUUGUUCUUUACUUUAACGAGUGCUCUGAGUUCCACAUCCCUUUACCCUUUGAACCGAUUUGCUCACAGUACAAGGCUCUUUGUAUUCUCAAGGGUUUCACUUGGUGUUCUCCAGUCUCUGUUUCCUGGUACUCGUUGCAGGUUCUUGGUACUGUCACCAGUCAUUCUGUGCACAAAGGUCAGCCCUUGGCAGUGCCAUGGUGUGCCAGUCUGCGGGUAGUCCUGGGCACCUCACAGGGACUCUGUCCCACCAGAGUCCUUCAGUGUGAACAGAAAAAGGCAAAGGCACAGCCCAGAAGUAGCUGAGAUGGUAUUUUGGUGCCCAAGGCUUUUCCUGGAAUUUUGAUUCUAAGCUUACAAGUGGUUUCAAAAGACUCUCUUAGCCUUUAUGAACUAUAAUGUCACCCAGCCCAGCAUAUUUGAUUUUGCAUGCCAUUUCUGUUUUAUCAAAUUGCCUUUUAAGUAGUGUAUGCUAUAUAGAGAACCAGAGCUUAUUUUAACAAACAAGAACACUUCCAUAAGGUUUUGUGUUGGGGGAAGAAAACAGGAAUAUAAAUAUAUAACUUUUAAAAAUUAACUAUUCUAAACAGAGUAUUUUUCUAAACAGAAAUGGUUUGAGACUACCUUACUAAUUUAAGUCAUUGAGGUUUGCCAUACUUUUACAGGAGAUUAUUACAACUGAAAUAACAUUUCAAUUUUUAAAAUGUAUGUGAAACUUCUGCAAAACUGUACCAUCAUUUCUGAUAAAAAUUCUUAGCUUGAAACUCAUUUUAUGUUUGUUCAGCCAUUAGCAUCAUUUGUUAUUUUCAAGUCAGUUUUUUCAUUUCCAAAUUUUUCUGCACUAAGGACUGCAUAGUGGAACUCACAGUUUGGCCUUGCACUGAAAAAAACUGUUUCGUUCUUACAGGCAUUCAACAACUUCUUGAAAGACAAUGCAUUUCUUUCUUCUGUUUUAUUUAUAUGCCUGCAUUCUCAUUCUGUCAGAGUAUGGCUUUCUGUAUGUGGCGCUUUUUAAAUAAAAUUUUGUUUCAGUUCUAGCUAAUGCCUGAAACUUUCUGGUCUAGUUGUGUUUUAGAACUAUGAGGUGAAUAAUCUAAAAUGAGAGGGGUGAAGAAAUCCCUGGAGUGAGUGACUUCUUUUCUUGAAAUGCAUAUCCUAAAAUGCACAUUUACAGCUGCUGUGGUCUUUUUUAUUUCUUAAUAACUCAACUUUUCUGCAAAUCUGGCUUUAACUAGCAACCAGAUUUCACAGUUUGCUGUGGAGAAUCCAUCCUGUGGAAGGAUUUUCAGUCUGCUUGGGCUGUGAUUUGUGUUCAGAUUCACUGCAGUGAGUGUGGGUUGCUGUGGAUGAACACAGCACUGCUGUGAGAGGGGCAGUGCAGUGAAGUUCUGGGGUUAGAAGGAAUGGAGGAUGUGGGGAAGGGAAAGCAGCUGGAGCUGGAGGAACAGAACUGAAGGACCAGGAGAAAAGAAUUUUUUAAAAAGGGGAAGGGGACACGGGAAGUGGAGGGGCAGAGGUGGAAGAAUGUGAUGAAAUCAGUGCUGUGGGCUUUGAGAGAUCCCUGCCCUCCAAAGGGUGUCAGCACCUGUUCAGCCACACAGCAGUGAACUACAAGUGCCAGCCAGGGGUUUGCUUCAAAAACUGAAAAAUGGUAACCACCAUUUCCUUCAACAUUGCUGAUCUGUCUCUUGUGGUCUGUACUUGCAUUUAUAUUUCCAAUAAAUGUCAUAUAUAAACCUGA